AUGUUUCUAAAGUUCUUCUUAAUUCUGGUGGUCCAGAUUCAUGGACUGAGCGCUAACCCGUCUGUGACUCAGUCACCUGGUGCAAAGUGUGUAGGUCUGGGGGAGACGGUCUCCUUUACCUGCACAGCCAGUACAGGAGUGGAUGAUGAUCUCAGCUGGUACCAGCAGAAACCUGGUCAGCCUCCUACUCUGCUCUUUUAUCAAAUCAGCACGAAUGAGUCUGCUCCGAGUCACUUCAGCAGCAGUGGAUCAGAGCCUGAAUUCACUCUGACAAUCCGAGGGGUUGAGGCUGCGGACGCAGGAGAUUAUUACUGUCUGGGGGUGCAUGAAGUGGGUGUGGUGCAGCCCACCCUGACCGUCCUCCCCCCCUCCAAAGAGCAGCAGCAGAGCAGUGUCACUCUGGUGUGUCUGGCCCAAGGGGGCUUCCCCUCAACCUGGAGGCUGGGCUGGAAGGUGGGGGGCAGCAGCAGGUCCUCAGGGGUGUCUAACAGCCUGGAGGUCCUGGGGAGGGACGGCCUCUACAGCUGGAGCAGCACCCUGAGCCUCCCUGCAGAGCAGUGGAGGGAGGCGGGCUCAGUGAGCUGUGAGGCCAAUCAGGAUGGACGGAGUCCUGUCACUCAAAGCCUGGACCCUGACAGCUGCUCACACUAG